GAGGAGGAGGGGGGAUUGGAACGCUGCAUGUCCUUCACCGUCUGCGUGCGUGAACUUAGCCAGCAGUCGGGAGUCUCGGUAGCAACUCCGGUGCUCUGGAAGGACUUACGCGAAACGGAACGUAUUUUUUAUUUAAAAUACCCGUGUUUAUUUUGAUAGCUUAGAAUCUUAUGUCGCGUUUAAAGGCCUAAUAUUUGGCUUAGAGUCAAAUACGGAGCAGUUCCGACCGACCGAAGUCGCGCUGGGGAAAAAUUUCAGUUGUAGCCGUUACGCUAAACCAACGGAUUUUUUUUUUUAAACUCCGGUCGUGUUCCAAUAUAUUUAGGGCUGGAUAUAAAAGUAAGGCACGAUUCCGAGUCAGAAAUGGACUGUGAGCAGCGCAGAAGUAAGUCCCAGCGAAGGAAGCUGUCGUAGCGAAUAAAAUUAGCAGACUGGCUAGUUUCGAGCUAGUUUUAUCUGGGACUCUAGUCAGUGUAAAGAGAAGAAGGCAGCAGAUGCGGUGGAAAUGCUCGCCAGUCACUCAGCAAGCCGGCUGAUAAUAAUAAUAAUAACACACCACCAGAGUAAAAAGUGCAACGCUAGCUAGUUCCAGCCAGACUAAUCGAUAGCUGGAGCUGAAACCCUGAGCUUGAAACCCUGCACUUGAGACUAUCAGAGCUGAGGCUGGAAAUCAUGCACUGUCUGUUCACACUGGUGCACCAGGAGCCCGCCUUUGGACUGUUUCAUCCCUGCGAAUGAGCUCGGAUACUCGCCUGGAAUAAAGGACCAGAAUAACGAGCCAGAAGAGAUUAAAAGUCUGGAACUGGGAGCACUGGGUCCUGUGAACACUGGAGUGUAAACCAUGAGCGGUAUGGCAGCGUGUGGCCGGGUGUGGAUCCUGACAUUGGGGCUCUGUGCGGUGCUGCUCCUCAGUCCUGUAGCUGCUGCUCAGAGUGAGGAACGUGAGUGUGCCUUCACUGACCAGCACCAGCAGUUUGAUGAGCAGAGCGUGGCUGGCGAUUGGCACGUGUCGCGAGAGAACAACACCAUCCUGUGCAGUAAGAGCAGCCGCUGCUACGGUCUCUGGGAGAAAACCCGUGAUGGAGACAUCCGUCUCGUCAAACAAGGCUGCUGGGCAUACAUCGGCGACCAGCAGGACUGCCAUGACGAUCGCUGCGUGGUGACCAACACGCCGUCUCAGAUCCAGAAUGGCACGUAUCGCUUCUGCUGCUGCAGUACCAACAUGUGCAAUGUCAACUUCACUGAGAACUGGGUGCCCAGUCCCACCAGUGCCACCAUACAGGACCCACGGCCUCUUCACCGGGAGGAGGCGAUCUUCAUCAGCCUGGCAUCAGUCUCAAUUGUGGCUGUGCUAAUCGUGGCACUCUACUUCGGCUACCGCAUGCUAAGAGGAGACCGCAAGCAGGGCCUGCACAAUAUGGACAUGAUGGAGGCGGCGGCAUCGGAACCCUCGGUCGAUCUGGACAGCCUGAAGCUGCUGGAACUGAUUGGCCGAGGCCGCUAUGGGUCCGUGUACAAAGGCUCACUGGAUGAGCGUCCAGUGGCAGUAAAAGUCUUCAGCUAUGCAAAUCGUCAGAACUUUGUCAACGAACGAGCUAUUUACAGAAUUCCUCUCCUAGAGCACGACAACAUAGCACGUUUUAUAGUGGGAGACGAGCGGAUGGCGACAGACAGCCGGAUGGAGUAUCUGUUGGUCAUGGAGUAUUACCCACAUGGUUCUCUGUGUCGGUACCUGAGUCUCCACGCUCUAGACUGGGUGAGCUGUUGUCGUCUCACACAUUCAGUCACAAGAGGACUGGCCUACCUGCACACCGAGCUGCUGAGAGGAGAUGUAUAUAAACCUGCAGUGUCGCACCGGGAUCUGAACAGCAGAAACGUUCUGGUGAAGAACGACGGCACGUGUGUGAUUAGUGAUUUCGGCCUGUCUAUGAAGCUGACGGGGAACAGACUCGUCCGACCUGGAGAGGAGGAGAAUGCUGCUAUCAGUGAGGUGGGCACGAUCCGCUACAUGGCCCCAGAGGUGCUGGAGGGAGCAGUGAACCUGAGGGACUGUGAGUCUGCUCUGAAGCAGGUGGACAUGUACGCUGUUGGCUUGAUAUACUGGGAGACCUUCAUGCGCUGUACAGAUCUCUUCCCAGGAGAGACAGUUCCGGAGUAUCAGAUGGCUUUCCAGGCAGAGGUAGGGAACCACCCAUCCUUCGAAGAUAUGCAGGUGCUGGUGUCCCGAGAGAAACAGAGACCGAAGUUCCCCGAGGCCUGGAAAGAAAACAGUCUGGCGGUCCGUUCUUUGAAGGAGACCAUGGAGGACUGUUGGGAUCAGGAUGCAGAGGCGCGUCUGACUGCUCAGUGUGCAGAGGAACGCAUGGCAGAGCUGCUGCUUAUCUGGGACAGGAACAAGUCUGUCAGCCCCACUGUCAACCCCAUGAGCACAGCUCUUCAGAACGAAAGAAACCUCACCAACAGCCGCCGGGUACCAAAGAUAGGGCCUUACCCAGAAUACUCCUCCUCGUCGUACAUUGAGGACCAUGAAGGCAUUGUGAAGAACCUUCCUGGAGAUGUGUCCACCUCGGGUACCUCUUCCAUGAGCGGUGUGGGUCUGAGCGGUCUGGGUAACGGUGGCCCUGGUGAAAAGAACAGAAACUCCAUAAACUAUGAGAGACAGCAGGCGCAGGCGCGUCUCCCCAGCCCUGAGAGCAGCGGAGCCAGUCUGUCCACGAGUACCACCACUACGACGGCAGGCCUCACACCCAGCACGGUUAUGUCCACUAUCUCAGAGUCCGUUCAGGGUGAGGAUGCAGGAGCGGGGCCUAGUGUGCCUGUUUGCCUGCAGCUUACACAGGAAGACCUGGAGACCACCAAGAUAGACCCUAAAGAGGUGGACAAGAACCUUAAGGAGAGCUCAGAUGAGAACUUGAUGGAGCACUCACAGAAGCAGUUCAGUGCUCCUGAUCCACUCAGCUCUGGCAGCUCUAGCCUGCUCUACCCGUUCAUUAAGCUAGCAGCCGAGGUAAGCGCUGGGGCCGGAGCUGGGCAUCAUCCUGACUUUGGAGGAAGUGUUGGCCCAGUUGAUCCCCCUCCAACCAUGUUUCCUCUUCCCAAACAGCAGAAUCUUCCUAAGAGGCCCACCAGCCUGUCUCUCAAAAACCCAGGCAAGGAGUCCUCCUCACGGCUCAAGUUUGGCAAACACAAAUCAAACCUGAAGCACGUGGAGACAGGCGUAGCUAAGAUGAACGUGAUCGCGGCUGCCGAGCCUCAUACGGUCAUGCUGACCAAUAACGGGGCCGGAGUGAGCAACGGAGCGGGCGUGCUGCUGCUUAACGGCUACGUCGGUAGUGCUAGCAGUUCCAGCAGCUCCUUCGGGAACACAAAUCCAGCCGGGCCACAGGGCGAGGCGGGGGGCCUGCCGACCCUCCAGAGCCAACUGAGUGGAGACGACAUUCGCCUUAACAUUAACAUCAACUCCAGCCCGGACGAGCACGAGCCACUGCUGCGCCGAGACCACAUGGGUCGUACCAAUUCCAAUAACAACAACAGCAACAUUCACACUGCUGUUUCCACAGCUGCAACCAGUCUGUCACCUCCUGUGCCUCCCACUUCAGCCCCGGAACCUUCAUUAGUGCAGGUGAAGGUAGAAGCUCCUCUGAGACAAAGCAAGCCCAGAAGACCCGAUAGACCUAACUCACUAGACCUGUCAUCCACCUCACAGGACUCCUCUGUAUCAGGCGAGGGCUCGUCCCAGGAGGAAAAAGCCGGAUCAGCUGAGAAGAUCAAAAGACGCGUGAAGACGCCUUACUCGCUGAAGCGGUGGCGUCCCUCCACGUGGGUCAUCUCCACAAACACUCUAGAUGGAGAGGUCAACAACAACGGUGCGGGCGGAGAGCAGAGUGCAGCGGGGGCUACCCGCUCCAAAUCGAGCACCGCCGUGUUCCUGGUCGGGGGAGGAACCGCUACCUCCACUCUCUCCUCUGACCCACCCGGCAUGACCUGCCUGUAAACUCUUGAGAGUCGAACCCUGCCAUGUAAAGGCCACAAUCAGCUCACUAAUAAUGGAAAGACUCGCAGUGUAAUGGUUCCCGAGAUGCAGUUCAGGAAGAGGGAAAGAAAAGAGAGAUCUGCAAGCACUUAACAUCGUGAUGUUUUUUGGAAAUUCUCGAACGUUUUUUUUUAAAGUUAUUGCUUUAAACCGAACUAUGCAGCAUCAUGGGCUUAAAAUGCUUCCAUCGUUUUUGUUGUCCCAUUUUGAUAUCUAAGUCUGUUUGUAUGUAUGUUAUUGCUUAUUACUUUCCUUUAUUUGUUGCACUUUUCUUUCUAAGUAAUCUUAAUCACAGUUGCGUCCUUGUUCUCUGACCUUCUUUGCUCUGGUCUUAAAACUAAAAAGAAAAUGACAAUGUGUUGAUUUAACAAUCAUGCCAGACAGCUCUUAUGGGUGUCAAUAAAAUCUAGUCCAUAUAAAUGUCGAUAGAAACACAGUGGUCUCUAAGACUGCAAUAGCAUGUAAUGUUUUAAUGCAUAGUACAUUCAUGGAUUUGUUUUGGGGAACAUUAACAUAUGUAUCCCCUGUUUUGUAUAACAUUUAAAAAUGUGCAAUAGGCUUUAGCUUUGAGGUGCUUUUCAAACCUUUGUUCUAGAUUUUGCAGCAUUGUGCUUUUGUCCUAAACUAACCGUGCACUUACCUACACUCUGUCCGCUCACCCGCCCGUCUUACGGAUGACGAUCCCUUUCCCUAUCAGCAAUCCUAUCCAAAUGAAAGGGAAGAGCGAAGCAUUUAGUGGGCGUGCUGUUUUUAAUCCCUUUACUUUUGAGUGUCGUAGGUGCACAUCAGCCGAGGACGAUCCAAAACCUGCAAGCUUGAAGGACUGAGGAUUUUUAAUUCUGUUACUGAAUCGAGCGCCGUCUUGGUCUGAUCUCUGGAAUAACGUUCUCCCUGAAUCUCUGGAAUAACGUGCUCGGACUGGUAUUUACAGUGUAGAUUCGGAUGAGUUCACGUGUGUCUGCUGACCAGCUGUGUCAUGUGAAUCUGGACGUAUAGAAGCACAUAAAUGUGAGAGAGGACAAUUCGAGUGAUGGAGAUCAGGUGUUCCUGUCUGCAUUCCACUGUCACCAACCACAAUCACUAUGUAUGUACUUUAAAUGUAAUUUAUAGCUCAUGUUACACCACAUACAUACACCUGGAAUUAUAUGUAUACAUUAUUGUGUGUAUGACAUCUACUUCUUUUAUUUUCAAAUCAUUGUUUAUAAAAGAAAUGACUAGAAAGACUAAAAGUGUAUAAUGAUAAAUGAGGGUAGGAUUUGAGUUUGUACGUAUUAGACAUCAGUGCUGGUCUGGAAUCAGUGUUCAGCUUUCAUUUUUCAUUUUUCUAUGAACAAUCAUACUGACGGAGUGAAGCCGAUUCCAGAUGAGCACAUGUACGCUGAUACAUACAUGAUUAGCUGUUACUACAGAAUUGCUUUGUUGUCUGUGAUUUUAGUUUCUCUUUGUUUGUAGUGCUAAGGGCCAAGUACAUUCAGACCAUGUUCUUGUUUCUUUUUCUCUUUAAUGAAUUAUUUUCCGUCUAUAGAAACCAUGUAGUGUCAUUAAGUUUACUGGUAGUUGAAGCAUUGCAUUAUCAUUUAUCAUCCAGCUCUCCUCCUUUAUCUCCCAAUCUAGUUGUAUCCAAUUCCUGAUUGUGAAUCCGCUGCCACUUGCACAACCCCCAGUCUGAUCAAGGAAAGUCGGAUCACCUCACGUCCCUUCCGACACCUGUCCAAUCUGUCGCCAUUUCUUAUCACCUGCCAGUGUUUGGUUCUUACACAGAGAGCCACACUAAGCUCCAUGUAACCCCCCCCCCACACACACACACACACACACACACACACACACACACACACACACACACACACACACACACACACACACACACACACACACACACAGUAACCCGGACCAGUCCCGGAGAUCAUCAGAGUGACAGCAGAAAGAGACCUCGUUCAACCCUCCCUCUAUUUAACACGGCCAAUUGUGUUUGUGUGGACGCCAAGCCAGGUCAAUAGCUCUGCUGGGUUUAAACUCUACACCACCUAAGCACUAUAUGGUGCAUUUCUGUGUGUGGAAGAGCAGUUUGAACAAAUGUUUCCGUAUCUUGCCUGCAAACUCAACAAAAAUCAUGAGUGCCCAUAGAAAUCGACUUAUUCACCGUAUUGUAAACAUUGCAUCAUGUUGUGAAUUUAAAUUGUCCCUAAAAAUAAUAGAGCACUGAGGAGUCGUGUAGACGGCUACAUUAUUUUUUCCGUUCCACAAGAUCAGAUGCAUUCUUCAGAGCUGCUAUUAAUGUGGCCCAUUCAAAUAAUUGCAUAUUGACGCUCCAUGACGCCAGGAAAACGGCCCUAAUUUGUCGUAGAGUCACUAAGCAUACUGCCAGGCUUGGUGAAUUUCCUUUCUAUUCUUCAGCUCUGAAAGUAAGCUUUUUUUUAUCCAAGUGCCUAAUUCGGAAUCAAGAAGUGAGUUCAUUUCACUUCCUUAUGCAAAAUUGUUCACGCUGAUGUUUUGUAUGUGUGUGAUAUAGCCUUAGUGAUGUGGUGUAAAUGUGUGUGUGAAGAGUGCUAUGGCCUGCACAUACACAGCUGAACUGAUGCUGUGGGACCAAGAACAACGCUCCGACACUGAGGUUUUGCUCUAGAUACAAUAGAACAGUAAUGGCAGACUGAUUCUUACUAACAUUAUAUAUAAGUACCAUUUUUUCCUUCAGCCAAACAGCAGUGGUUGCUUUAUAGAAGAGGUCUAACCACCUAGUGAGAUUUAAUUUAAUGCUAAACACAGAGGAGAAUGUGAGUGUCAUAACCCAUCAGUUUAAAAACUUCCACUGUUGUUGAACAGGGUUAAGAUCCAUUACCUGCUAAUUUCCCGCCUUUAUAUCAUUUUACUGCUCAUUAAACCAUUUAAAACUACAGUUACUUUCUAUACAGAGUGGCACAGCAACAUUAGUCCUGACUUGGGUAUUGAUUUAUACCUUUGAUCGCUGGCUGUGAGGAGUUUGGGAUGUUCUCUAAAUGUCUAUGUGGAUUUUCUCCGAGUAGUCUGAUUACCAACCAUCUCCCCAAAAACCUGCAGAAGGUGAAUUGGCUGCACUAAACUGUCCCUGGGUGUGUGUUGCCCUGCGCUGAAUUGGCACCCGGUCUGCCUUUGUCCAGUUUUUCCAGAUGACACAGGAUCCACCUUAACUUUGACCAGAAUGAAGUGGUGCACAUUAAGGACAGAAUGAUAGGUGUUCUGGUAGCUAGGACUGGAUCAGAUUCAAAAUAUCUUUUGAUGCCAUUACCUGAUGUAUUUUUGACAUCUGAGUGAUGUAGUCCAGUGUGGAAAUAGUAAGGAAUUUGGCAUGUUUUCUUCACAUCUAUGUGGGUUUCUUUCCACCUACUUAAAGCAAGCUGAAGGUGGAUUGGCUGCUCUUAAUUGGCCUCAUAUGUGUAAAUGAAUAACAAAAAAAGUACAUUUGUGUGCUGGAUUGGCCACCCAUCCAGAUUCCAUCUUUCUGCUCAGUGUUUCUGGGUGGUGCCAGGACCCACUGCAAGCUUGACCAGGAUGAUUCAGUUAGUAAAAAGUCCUUAUACAUGUGUAUGGCCUUGAUUACAGUUCUCUGACUGUGUGUGAUGUGGAUUGACACCAUAUUAGUACGACCCCACGCUUCUAUACACCAGACCUGUUAUUCCUGUACAUGAAUGGAUGUGUGCGGUCCUGUUGUUUCCUGGCUGAUUAAGGAGAAUUAUGAAGGUCUGCUCUGGAGUAAUCUUUCUAGCUUUGGCUUGGAUGUUUUUCCACCAUUCAAACUCGAACCUUGUGCAGACAGACAUUUAAACUGCACCCACUCACAUCACAUGGAUUGCAGAACGAACUUCAAGAACCGAAAUCUAAACGUGCUGUUGUGUAUUUUCUGCCCCCAAACUGCCACAUUCACUAAAGGCUGAUGGAAAGCAAACUCAUUCUUCUAACCACUACAUGGCAAAGUCAUUGAUUUCAGACCCACAAAUGCCAAAGUCCAGGCUGAGAUGAACUGGAUGAGCAUCUUAAAAUUCACUAAAAACUGGAAUAACAGAUUUUCUCUGUGUGUGUGUGUGAGAAUGGAAUGUUUUUGUUUUUGAUUUGCUGUUUUUCUUUCUUUUCUUUUUUUAUAUUUUACUUUCUGUCUUUUGAGUCUAUUAAAUUUAUACUGAAGCAAAAUACCCCUCUGAGAUCUGUGGCCAAGGUCGUUGCUCAAGUAGCCACUGAAUUGUUUUCUAUUAAAGCUUGUAAAGUAAGCGCUUCGAGAAAAGAACAAAGUAAGCUGACACAGUUUAGUCUGCUCAGAAAGAUAAAGAUGUUUAAAGCUUGCUGUACAACUCUGCAUUAUUAAGCUGAUUAAAGACUAUAUUAAAGAAAUAAA